CCUCGAAAAUGUGGCGCAAAUCAAAACAAACACAAUCGGUCAAACGAUUUAAUAAACCUACACUAAUAAUUGGUAGGUACCUACCACUCAAGAAUGAUAAACUUGAAUUCAUAAUAAUAUUUACAGACGACUCGAGCAUCAUUCAUCGCAGUUUAUUUCGCAGUAUCGGUCGCUACUCUCUAGUGAAAUAAAUUUAACUAUAUAUUGUGAUGUAAUAAUUAUUGUCAUACGUAUGCAUAUCAAAAAGACACACAUUAUUUAAUUUUUAAAUUGAAUAUAAUAAUAUAUCACCAUGAUUUCGUGUCUGAUCUAUGUCCUGUUCGGCACACCCGCAAUCGCCGCAGUUGCCGUCCUCGCGGCGAUCCUUUACUAUUACACGACCAACACGUACGACAAGUGGUUGAAGUUGAAAGUACCCCACGACCCACCGUGGCCGCUGGUGGGCAACACGGCGAAGAUGAUGACUUUGAUCGAACACCAGUUGACCACCAUCGAUGGGAUUUAUAAACGGUUUUCCGGCGAGAAAUACUGUGGUUUCUAUCAGAUGAAGACGCCGUUCCUGAUGAUCCGCGAUCCGGAGCUGAUCAACAAUAUAUUGAUCAAGGACUUCUCGAACUUCGCGGACCGCGGUUUCCACAAGGACCCGGCCUUGAACAUAAUCGCCAACGGUUUGUUCUUCAUGGAGGGUCCCAAGUGGAAGAUGAUGAGACAGAAACUGAGCCCGGGAUUCACGUCCGGCAAGCUGAAGUUGGCCCACAACCAGAUCGCGGAGUGCAGUGACGAACUGAUGCGAUUUAUCGCUGCCAAAAUGAAAGAAAACGAUCAGAUCGAAGUCAAGGAGACCAUGAGCAAGUACUCGACAGACGUCAUCGGGACGUGCGCUUUCGGUUUGAAAUUGGAUACCGUCAAGAACGAAGGUUCCGAUUUCCGGUUGUACGGCCGGAAAAUAUUGAAGUUGAGCUUCAGGUUCUUGUUGGCCGAAAUGGUGUCGCCGAAAAUAUUGAAACUGUUGGGGGUCGCCGAGUUCCCACCCGAUGCUUCCGCGUUUUAUGAAUCGGCGUUCAAGGAGGUUAUCCGGUAUAGGGAGGAAAACGGUAUAGUCCGACAUGACGUGGCGCAGAGCUUGAUAGAAGCGAGAAAAGAAUUGGUGUUGGACUCAACAGAUGAAAAUGGAUUUACUGAGCAGCAUAUAAUAGCGAAUGCGAUCCUGAUGUUUUUGGCCGGUUUUGAAACCGUGUCUUCCACGUUGAGUUUCUGUUUGUAUCACUUAGCACUGAACCAAGACGUCCAGGAAAAAAUUCGUGACGAGAUGAAUUCAAAGUUGAAACAACACGGAAAAAUAAACAACGAUUUUUUGGUCAAUCUCCAUUACACCGAUAUGGUCUUGGCAGAAACGGAACGCAUGUACGUAGUGACCAACGCGUUGUUUAGGGAAGCGGUGAAGACGUACCACGUACCAGGCGACACGUUGGUGAUCGAAAAGGGAACCAAGAUCAUGAUUCCUAUUUACAGUAUUCAUCACGACCCCACGUAUUACCCCGAACCGUACAUCUUUGACCCGCAAAGGUUUUCACCGGAAGAAAAGGCAAAAAGGCAAUCCAGUACUUACUUACCGUUUGGCGACGGUCCGCGGUUUUGCAUAGGAAAACGAUUCGCCGAGCUGGAAAUGAAAAUGGUUUUGUCACAAAUUAUCACGACUUUUCGAAUUUUACCAUGUGAAAAAACGGAAGUACCGCUAAAACUACAAAACGGAUUACCCAUGAUGGUUGCAAAAAACGGGAUUUGGUUACGUUUUCAAUCCAUUUCUGAAUGAGUGGCACUUGUGAUUCGAUAAUUAUUUCUUAUAUUUAUUAUAUAAUAUGUACAGUCGGGGAGCAAUUGACCGGGGCGCUAAUUUUUAGGGUGGCCGAAAAAUUGUAUAAAAAUAAAAUUAACAAUAAUUAAUUUGUUGUAAUUACUUAUAACUGUUAAAUAUAGGUGUUACUUAGGUACUUUUAUAUUUUGUAACUAAUUUAUGAAACAUGUUCGAUAAUUAUAAUAAAAAAGUAAAAGAUUC